AUCACCAUCAUCACAACCAUCACCAUCACCAACGCUAACAAACAAAACACAUAAAAAAAACCAGAAGAAGGAGAAGAAGAAUAAGAAAUGUACCUUGUUUUGAAGGAGGGUUGAUGCCAAGGCAGGAGCCAUGACACUGAAGGGUGGCACAAGCCACUCCUGCGCAGCGUGCAAGUACCAGCGACGGAAGUGCACAUCGGAGUGCCAGCUAGCCCCCUACUUCCCAGCAAACAAGCCGGAGAUGUUCCGAAACGCCCACAAGCUAUUCGGCGUAAGGAACAUCGUCAAGAUAAUAGAGAAGCUAGAUGGUCCCCAGAGACAGGAAGCAAUGCACUCCAUCAUAUGGCAGGCAAACAUUCGUGACCUCUACCCUGUUCAGGGUUGCUAUGGCUACAUAUGCCGCCUACAGUACCAGAUUCACCAAGCCCAGGAGGAGCUCCAUGCGAUCCACGCCCAGCUCCACAUGUACCGUGACCACCACCACCACGGUCUCGAUGCCACGACAGAGGACGUGGUUCCUUCCUCGCACUUGGAACUAGGAAUGGCCCCUCCUAUAAGUAACAACAAUAAUGCAGCAGCCCUUACCCUGUUCGAUCAUAACCAGCCUUGUGCGGCGGCAGGAGUAAUGGCUCAGUUGUCGUCGUCUCUUGUAACUGCCGAUCAACAACAGUUGUCCUGCUCCACGAGCAGUAACCCUCCUGGGGGAUACAACUACAAUUCCGGUUACUUUGAUGUUACCAAGGAAAAUAAUAGCAACAAUACUAAUAAUAAUGCAACCAGCAUCCAAUUCAUUCUGGCUUCAGCAUACCUAUGGUAUCCACAACAACAUUAAUAAUGUCACCAAUUCUUCAUCAUCCAUGGGUGCUCUUCAUUCCCAGUUGUUAGUAGCACAACCACUUGAUGGUAUCCAACAGGAAGUUGUACAGGACUACGAUGAGAUGCAUCUGUUUUUCGAUACAAUUGACGACACACAAUCGUACAUUGAUUCCAAAGAGGCUUAUGAUACAAGCUCGGAAGAGUCUCUCAAGGACACUACACAGUCCCUUGAGCAACAUCUAGUGGUAGAGGAUGAGCUGAAGAGCGCGGCGGCAUGCUUCAGUCUCACAAGUGUCAACUGAUCAUAUAUAUAAUCAAUUAGAUAAGUAAAAGACAAAACAAGAAUCUAUAAAGUAUGCAAAUUAAAUGAAGCCUUCAUGCAGAAUAUAAAUUUUCUCUAUCUUGGUUUCAAGGCUCAUUCAAUUCUUUUAUCCAUCAUCAAAUCACAUGCCUUUCAUCAUUUUCAAUUGGGUGCAUUUUUUGACAAUCUCUAGGGGUUUAGUUUCUAUCUCUUUUCAACAGAUUGUAGAUUCUCUCGUUAUUUCUUAGACAUUUGUAAUUGUUUUUUUAGAAAUUUGAUUAUUUGGUAGUUGAAAAAUGAAUGCAUUCAUAGUUAGUCCAUACAUUGUGAAGAUAUAUAGCAAUUGUCUCC